AUGCCGAAGGAAGUGAAGGAGAGAAGCGGCCUUGCCGUCGGUCUCAAUGCCGGACACAAAGUCACCGUCCGUCAGCCGAAGCCGCGAGUAUCGCGCAUGAAGGGCCAUUUGAGCAAGAGGACCGCAUUUGUGAGGGACGUCGUGAGGGAGGUUUCUGGCCACGCGCCAUACGAACGCCGCGUCAUCGAACUCCUCCGCAACAGCAAGGACAAGCGUGCACGUAAGCUCGCGAAGAAGAGGCUCGGCACUUUCGGCCGUGCGAAGAGAAAGGUCGACGAGAUGACCAAGGUCAUCGCCGAGAGUAGGAGAGCUGGUCACUAA